GCAAAAUGGCGCUUGAAAGGUGCCUCCUGUCAAGCAAAUCGCUGAUCCUUGAAGAACCUAACAGCCUUGGUCAGCAAGAGACCGGACGGCCAGAACCCUCGCUUCAAAUUAAGAAUAUCCCAAACGGGCAGGUCGAGGAUAGCGCAUCAUCCCCUUGGAGCGAACCGCAUUGGCAAAUAUCCUGAAUGGGCCAUGCAGCCCAAGAAGCGAACAAACAAGUCCGUCGCGGUGGUGCCGUGAUAAUUCUGUGUGAAUCGCUAUAGCCGCCCGUCCUGGACUUGCCUGAUUCCAUGAAAUCGAGCUCAAAAAGUAUAGAUACAUCUUUCGCCGGGACGGGAUCAAGGACGCUAUUUUCUGCUAGGACUGCCAUUUCCUUGGAUGCCAGACGAGGUGCCCGAUGAGGUGCCUUGACAGACAACCCAACGCGGUCAUCCUUCGUAUCGGGGUUCGCACUUCCAGGUCAGCCAUGCGUUCACCUGCAGAAGGCAUGGUCCCCUCGGGCAGCAACCGCGGGUUGCAAUGCUUUCAAGAUUUUGGUCAACUGGACGAACAUGUGCUGCACUCGCUUCGCAAUGAACUUCCCAGUCGCGGCAAUCUCACAUCAAGUGACGUGCCAGUCUCACAAACCCCGAUGUCGCAGGUAACAUCCCCGCAUUUGUGUCGAGAACAGCCCAGGCAGGAGGGGGUGACGGUGCGACUCACAUUGGCCGCACGUUGUAGUGAUUCUUAUCCAGUCGACCAGGAUCGGGAGACUAGUCCUAUACACCUCGACGACAUGCACACCCCUGAGUGCUAUACAGUAGUGUGUUAUUCUCGCCAUUCGUAUGCUUUCCUGGCUUCAAGCAGUGAGCAUUAGCGCGAAUACGCACGUCGGAAUAAUCCUCGAGGAUCUAUCCUCAUCUUGUGAUGGG